CCAGUAGAAAAACAGCACGGCGACGAUUAUAAAUUCAUUGUACCCGAACUGGGUUUAUGUUUUUCUUUUUCUUUUGAUUUAAUAUUGUACACUUCUUAAAAACAAAAAAUAAAUUUUUGUAUAUACAUGUGUGGGUCAAAAAUGAAAUCUUGGGUUUGUUUUGAGUUUGUGUGAGAAUGUGAAGUAAUAUUUUAAGAGGGGGAGGCAGAGAACGUGCUUUUUCAGUCUGCUGCUCGUAGACUAAAAACUUCACGCUUUGAGGAGAAAACUAUGCAUAAUUAGGGGUAUUUGGUAAAUGCUAGUACUUUCUUGUAUCACUCAUAUUUCUGUCUUAUUCAUUUUUUGAUUUUUUUUUUCAAUGAGAAAGCUACAUCAUCAGACUCUAGCUUAGAGUUAGAGGGAGGGAGAGAGGUUUCUAUUAUUUCUUUGAAGUUUAGUCAAGGUUUCGUCUUUUGAGGACUGCUACAGGGCAUGCUUUGUUUCCUUCCCUCAAGGAAUUAUGACAGAAAUAAAAAAAUUAUUGAUGUUUCCCUACUAUGAAUUCGAGGAAGUUUUUGUUUUUUUCCUUUUUCGUUUUGGUAUUAUUUUUUCCAUAGUGUUGGAGUUCUUUCUUUGUGUCUCCACUUUGAGUCAUACGGCAUAGUGUUUGCAAUGAUAGACUGCUCUGACUCGAAGAAGAGAACCCUUUACUUUUACUAUGUAGUUGCAGGGGAAAAGUGAUUUUUGCAAAGUUGUAGCACACAGCAACCUCACGAAUGUACUGUGUAUAAUUUUUUAGGGGUUUCAUUAGAAGAUUCUUCUUCUUCUUCUUUUUAUUCUUCUUCUUCUCCUUUUUCUUUUGGAGGGGCUCAGAAAGUUGAGAAUUUUUUUAGUGGAUGUGAAAUUAGAAUAAAAGAUUUGUUGUCGCUGUGAGAUGGGUGAGAAAAGGCAAGGGUACCAUAUGUUGGCCCUCAGGGUGAAUGAACAAUUGGGCAUAAAGAAAAAAUAUUCUUUUGUGCACAAAGCUUCGGACCCCAGAAUACUGGGGUUUUGGAUUAUGGCCAUGCUGUUUGCGAGCUCGUGCGUGUAUGAAUAUAUGGAUGAAGAGCAGAAAGAGAAGAGAAAAGAAGUGCUUGUGAGCAUGUGUGAGCAGAGGGCUAGAAUGUUGCAGGAUCAAUUUAGUGUCAGCGUUAAUCAUGUUCACGCGCUUGCAAUUCUUGUCUCUACAUUCCAUUUUGACAAGAACCCCUCAGCAAUCGAUCAGGAAACUUUUGCUGAAUACACAGCUAGAACUGCUUUUGAGAGACCACUGUUGAGUGGUGUGGCGUACGCGCAGAGGAUUCUUCUCUCCGAGAGGGAGGAAUUCGAGAGGCAGCACGGCUGGACCAUUAGGACAAUGGAGAAAAAGCCUUCGCCUGUUAGAGACGAGUAUGCUCCCGUCAUAUUCUCCCAAGAAACUCUGUCCUACCUUGGAUCACUUGAUGUCAUGUCAGGACAGGAGGAUCGUGAGAAUAUACUGAGGGCCCGGGCUACGGGUAAAGCGGUUCUUACUAACCCGUUCAGGUUGCUUAACUCUCAUUUAGGGGUUGUUUUGACUUUUCCGGUUUACAAAUUCAAGUUGCCACCAAAUCCGACAGUGGAAGAGAGAAUUGAUGCAACAGCAGGGUACCUUGGUGGAGCCUUUGAUGUUGAAUCCCUUGUCGAAAAUCUACUUGGCCAACUUGCUGGGAACCAGGCUAUAGUUGUCAAUGUAUAUGACACUACCAACUCAUCUGACCCGUUGAUCAUGUAUGGACACAACUCUCAAGAUGGUGACAUGUCACUUAAGCAUGUGAGCAAGCUCGACUUUGGUGACCCUUUUCGCAAGCACGAGAUGAUUUGCCGGUAUCUCAUGGAAGCUCCCACAUCAUGGCAUGCACUUCAAACAGCAGCUCUCGUCUUUAUGAUUGGCUUCCUGAUUGGAUAUAUGGCGUAUAGUGCUGUAAGCCACAUUGUUAAAGUCGAAGAUGAUUUCAAUAAGAUGCAGGAACUCAAAGUUCAAGCCGAAGCUGCUGACGUGGCCAAAUCUCAGUUUUUAGCCACUGUCUCUCACGAAAUAAGAACUCCAAUGAAUGGGAUCCUAGGGAUGCUACAACUGCUUCUAGAUACAGAACUUAGUUCAACACAAAGGGACUUUGCUCAAACAGCUCAGGGCUGUGGUGAAGCACUUAUAACCUUGAUAAAUGAGGUGCUUGACCGUGCAAAGAUUGAAGCUGGAAAGCUAGAGCUCGAGGCUGUCCCGUUUGACCUUAGAUCCAUUCUUGAUGAUGUUCUUUCCUUGUUUUCCGAAAAAUCUAGGCAGAAGGGCAUUGAGUUGGCUGUUUUUGUCUCAGAUAAAGUGCCCGAAAUUGUCGUGGGUGAUCCAGGAAGAUUCAGGCAGGUCAUCAUCAAUCUUGUUGGAAAUUCAGUGAAAUUCACCGAGGAAGGACACAUAUUCGUCCAAGUCCACUUAGCCGAGCAAAGAAAACCCACGAAAGAUGCAAAAAUCGAAACCUACUCCAACGGUGAAUCCGAAACCACACCAAAAUCUCAAUCCUGGUCGUUUAACACACUUAGUGGCAAACAAGUGGCUGACAAUUGCAGCAGCUUGGACGAGGAAUUCCUAUACGACCCCACAAGAGAUGAAAAUAAUAAUGCAAAAAGUGAGAGUGUGAGAUUGACAGUGAGCGUGGAGGACACGGGAAUCGGCAUACCUGAGCAAGCUCAAAAACGGGUUUUCACACCUUUCAUGCAAGCGGACAGCUCGACUUCUAGAAACUAUGGGGGCACUGGCAUUGGCUUGAGCAUUAGCAAGUGCUUGGUGGAGCUGAUGGGUGGGCAGAUGAGCUUCAAUAGCCGUCCUCAAGUUGGAAGCACCUUCUCGUUCACGGUGGAGUUCCAGAGGAGUGAGAGAAGUGAAGUUAUUUGUUUGAGUAAGUCGAUUUCGGAUGAAGUCAAUGUUGCGUUGAAGGGUCUGAGAGCUGUUGUGAUUGAUGGGAAGCCGGUUAGGGCAGCUGUUACUAUGUACCACUUAAGGAGGCUCGGGAUUCAGUCGGAGGCUGUUGGUAGCAUCAGGAUUGGCCUUGCUUUUUAUGCGAAGCACGGGUCCCUUAACGACGAGAAGGUGCCGGACAUGUUCAUAGUAGAAAAGGACGCAUGGAUUUCCUCCGAGGAAGAAGACGGGCCCAUGCAGCUAUCAUCAAGACAAAACGGGUUCAAUUGCAAACUGCCGAAAAUGAUCCUCCUUGCAACCAACAUCACGCCUACUGAGUCUAACCGGUCUAAGACUGCUGGGUUUGCUGACACAGUUAUCAUGAAACCUCUUCGGUCGAGCAUGGUGGCCGCGUGUCUGCAGCAGGUACUCGGUAUAGGCCAUAAAAUCCAAAACUCAUCCCCCAGAAAUGGAGCCAUAGCCAAAGCCAAAGCCAAGGGUCUGCUGAGGGGCAAGAAGAUUUUGGUGGUGGAUGACAAUGUGGUGAACCGAAGAGUGGCAGCUGGGGCUCUCAACAAGUUUGAGGCAACUCGUCUCAUUAGGGAGAUGGAGAGCAAAGCAAAGAUGGGCAAUAAUAAUAAGAGCGAUGGAAUUGGAGAGUGGCGGCAUAUGCCUAUUCUGGCAAUGACUGCUGAUGUCAUACAUGCCACUCUGGACGAGUGCCUUAAAUGUGGCAUGGAUGGCUACGUGUCCAAACCUUUCAAAGAGAAAAGCCUCUAUCAGGCUGUGGCGAAGUUCUUCGACUCCAACCCUCCCAUCUCAUAGAGAAAAUAUCCAACUGCUUCAUUCAUCAUUUUACUCAGUUUCAUUUGUCCUGUUGCCUUUGCCUUGGUUAUAGCUGACUUUGCAUGUGGGCUCUUACCACUUAGAUUGCUAAACUUUGACCAUCUGUAGGUGCAUCAUAUGCCUACUUCCAUUGUAUAUUUGAUAGGGGAAAGGGAAUCAGACAAUGUAAAUUUGUUGAUGCCACGUAGAUUCAGAUGAACCCUCUUCUCAAUGGAUUCAUUCUACAAUGUAGUGUGUGAUGUAGAAGCUAUCGUUCCAACUCAUUUAGUGAUUUAGUGUAGUGCUUGAAGUUGCCUCCUAAUAUGCUCACUAUGGGCAUUAGGUUGCUUGAAAAUGUUUCCCUGUAAGAAUAUUGUUCUGAUUUGGUGCAUUUGCUUCCUCGUGAUGUUGACUCUUCGUCUGGACUCUUUCGGGAUCAAGAUUAAAUUUUGUUGAUUA